AUCCAAAUAUUUUAAUUCAUUUAUUCACAUUUAAUUAUUUAAUUCCUUUAUUCACAUCCAAUUAUUUUAAUUUAUUCACAUUUAAUUAUUUAUCUUAUAUACGCUCAAUUUUGACGCUCAGCAGCAGCAUAGCAGUCAGACUUACGUAAUAUUUGCUGAAUUCCUAUCAUACGGAGCAAAACCUCCCGCACCGUUUGCGCAGAAAUAAUCCGGAGGACCCUUUAAGAAAACCUCUAUUCGUCUUUAGUCCUCCCUCCAAACUAAAUGCAUUUACAGCGGUGUCUGUUGGAUCACGAACUCAGGAGAUCUGUUAGGGCGAGAGCACGCGUGUGGGCUUUGGAAGAUGCAAAUCAGUUAUUUCACAGUGACUGCAGCUCGGCCGCUGACCAGCACACAACACCUUUUUUAGACAUGGGUAAUAAGUAGAAGCAGGAAACAAAUCAGUUAUUUCGCAGUGACCACAGCUCUGCAGCUGACCAGCACACAACACCUUUUUUUUUUUAGACGUAGGUAAUAAGCAGAAGCAGGAAAAAAAUCAGUUAUUUCGCAGUGACCGCAGCACGGCCGCUGACCAGCGCACAAGACCUUUUUUAGACAUAGGUAAUAAGCAGAAGCAGGAAACAAAUCGGUUAUCUAGCUGAACAGACGCAGCUCAGCGAUACACGUAACAACGGUUUCAGAUUAUGUCACUAAAACUCAACACUCUCUUGGUAAACGCAACCUCUCAGAGACUUGUAUAAAAAUGCCCCAUCCAGUGCAAUGCAUUCACGGGAUGAAAGCUCAUCAUGUCAGAAGCAGCACGGGUCGUAACUAACGCUCAGAUUCACGCCGAUGGCCACAGCACAGGGUCCACGCAGACGCUACAGCAUGGCACGCGUUUCGCUGACCUCGCAGGCCGCGACCUCGAUGACAUUGUGUUGACACAGACGGAUUUAGACUUUUUAGAUGGACUCGCCCAAAACUCAUAUCAAAACCCUUACCAACAGCUCAACACUCGCCAGCCUGCAGUUUGCUCUGACACUGCAGUGGGGGGAAUUCAACGCGUAAACAAGUUGCGUCGAAGCCGGCCCAGAAGCGAAACCCGCCAAGAGUCCAGCCCUAAACGAGAACCGGUACAAGUCAUAGAUCUGGUUACCCCUUUACCGGUUCGCCGACCUCUCUUCUCUCAGACAUCGGCACCCGGGAUUCUGCCAGCAGCCCCGAAACCUCGCCAGCCGGCCACGGCUGCUGUACAAACCUCCCUGCAAAACACUCUCAUCCGAACGACUCCAUCAGCAAAUCCAACAACACCUCGAAGAGAUCCCCCAGCUGCUGCUGCUGCAGGAGACAACACUGAGUUACACGCGACAAGCACCCCUCCAUCAAACGCCCUUGAUGCAAUCCAGAGAAGACCCAACCUUGUUGAACUAUGUUCUACUCUUGAGAAAUUCCACCAAGUAAUUCCGAUUCUUGUCAAGAAAGUGGUUACGCUUCGAAGACUUGUUGCGGAAUCGGACUCCAUCAUUCAACAAAUCCCAUUCUACGAUCACGAGGCUACCUACUACUGCUUGAAAUCUGAGGAGCUUCUGAAAACCUGCACAUUUCUCCUGAAAGAAAUCUCCAAGGCCUCCACACUACAGUAGAGUUAACCUUUUAAAUUGUGACCUCUGUAAACAUGGAUAGUCAGCAAAUGAGAGAUUCUUUGUAUCAAAUUGUUCAAGCUGUGAAUGAACUCCGUAAUCUCCCUGUGCAGCCUGCAACCGAAUUUUUCAAUCUAACCCCAAAUUCCCCCGUCAGAAUUCAGACGGGCCCAUAUUGGGAUCAUGAACGUUUACUAUCUGUAGAACAAGCCAUCGAACGAAUAAACAAUUCUCUCUCUCAA